AUGGCGCAUUGGACCCACGGAUCUUCUGCCACUUUGUUGAACAUGUAUAUGCUUGCUAGUCAGUUCAAAUCUUUCUCGAUGUACGUCGGUGCUCCCAAAUUCCCAUUGUCCAUCAAUGCGGAACAAAUUUGUAUGGGAACGGCAAACACGGAUGUGCCCCAAGAAGUGUUCACGACGUCACAAACGAGGGACAAUAGCUCUAUGAGUUGCACACUGCAUGUACGUAUUUUGAGUGAAAUUUAG